UAAAAAAUGGCAAUUUGUCUAACAAAAUUUUGUAAAUAAAGUGUAACAUUUGAUUUCGUACCUAUUUACCCCCUUUAGGGUACUACUCAAUGAAUUGGUAUUUGUUUAAUGGCAACACUUUUCUGUCUUUUCGGUUCUUUGUGUCAAAGAAAGCCUUACAAUGAAGCAAAUUGUGGCAAAUCAAAAAGUGAAGAUCCCUGAAGGUCUCACAGUCCAUGUGAAAUCGCGGUUGGUAACAGUGAAAGGUCCUCGAGGAGUUUUGAAGAGAAACUUCAAACACUUGGCUGUUGACAUUCGCAUGGUAAACCCUCGUUUACUUAAGGUAGAGAAAUGGUUUGGCUCCAAGAAAGAACUCGCCGCUGUAAGAACAGUCUGUUCUCAUGUCGAAAACAUGAUUAAAGGAGUAACAUAGGGUUUCGAGUACAAGAUGCGUGCUGUCUAUGCUCACUUCCCCAUCAACUGUGUCACAUCUGAGAACAACACCGUCAUUGAAAUCCGUAACUUCUUGGGUGAAAAAUACAUCAGGAGAGUUAAAAUGGCACCUGGCGUGACUGUAGUGAACUCUCCCAAACAGAAGGAUGAGCUGAUCAUUGAAGGAAAUUCCCUGGAGGAUGUUUCUAGCUCUGCAGCUCUGAUUCAACAGUCCACAACCGUCAAAAAUAAGGAUAUCAGAAAAUUCUUAGAUGGUUUAUAUGUGUCUGAGAAAACAACGGUUGUGGUGGAUGAGAUAUAAGCUUAUUAAAUAAGACAGUCAGAAA